UUCUCUUUGUCCCUCACUUCACAACUAACUAACUCUCUUAUUUUUUUUUUUAGCUUAAACUCUCUCCCUCCUUUCUAUCCUAUAACACUUCCAAUUCUUCUCAUUCUUCUAACUAUUCAUUCCUCUUCCACAAUCCAGAGAUAGAGCUUCUUGCUUCCAACAACAUACACCACUUCAAAAAGGAUUCAUUUGGGGAGAUUUAUUAUUGUGAUGGAGAGGCUGAACUCAAAGCUGUAUUUGCAAAACUGUUACAUAAUGAAGGAGAAUGAGAGGCUUAGGAAAAAAGCACAACUUCUCAAUCAAGAAAAUCAAGCACUUUUAACUGAGCUGAAGCAAAAGCUUUCAAAGGGUAAUAAUCAAAAGGGAAAUAAUAAUAAUAAUAAUAAUAUUAAUGGUCCAAAUUCCCUUCUUGAUCUUAGCCUCAGUUCAAGUUCAACUCAAAAUGCUUCCAAUUCCACCAAUUAGAAAAUA